UCCCGCUUCACUCACGCCAUAGUUCGAGUCAAUUUACGAAGAAAGCCGACCCUUAUGGUCACCAUCAUAACCACUAAAAAACAUCAUCAGAUCCUUCGACUUCCGAGAGGAUUCUCGAUGUGGACGCAUGCGGCAAACUCACUAUUGACAGUCUGAACCGGAGAGAGAUAUUUUUUUUUAUUAUCAAACUCUUGUCCGACAACGCAAGAGAAUUUCUCUCCUAAAGAAGUGUUUUUGUUUUCUGAAGUUUCAACCUUCAGUGGCUUGCCGUAUCCAGGAUAUACUUCAGAAGCUCCUGUAGUGGCCUCUGCUUAUCGACCAGUUCAGCACCUUUAUAUUUAUUCGUUUCUCCGGUUUAUUAUUAUAUUUACUCGAGCAAAUUUGGUGGUUCAUGCUCCCAAAUGUUAGCUGUUGGGCAGAUGGAUGCUAACAGGCAGAGUGCUUUCGUCCUAGGCAGUACACCGCUGGCAGCAUUGCACAACAUGACCGAAAUGAAGACGUCUCUAUUUCCCUACACUUUGCAGAAUCACGCGGGCUUCAAGGCGCCUUCUCUCAAUAAUUUGAACACACAGCUUGCCCUGGGGACACCACAUGGAAUUAGCGAUAUCUUGGGUAGACCUAUCAACUCAGCUGGACAGCUGCUCUCGGGCUUUCCAAGGAUAAACGGCUUGGCCACCGCAGGAAUGUACUUUAACCCAGCAGCCGUUUCUCGGUACCCGAAGCCCCUGACGGAUCUCCCAGGAAGAGCACCCAUAUUCUGGCCUGGAGUGAUGCAGAGCUCCCCUUGGAGGGAUCCUCGAGUGCCCUGUCCUGACUCUUCAAUCUUUUUUGUAGCUCAAGCAAACAUGAUGCUCGACAAGGAUGGAAAGAAAAAACACUCCAGACCAACUUUUUCUGGACAGCAAAUUUUUGCAUUGGAGAAAACCUUUGAACAGACGAAAUACCUUGCUGGCCCAGAGAGAGCUCGACUGGCUUACUCUUUAGGAAUGACUGAAAGUCAAGUCAAGGUAUGGUUUCAAAACAGGAGAACCAAAUGGCGGAAGAGACACGCAGCGGAAAUGGCAACAGCCAAAAAGAAACAUGACUCUGAAACUGAGAAGAUGAAGGAAAGCUCGGACAAUGAGGACGAUGACGAGUACAACAAACCUCUGGACCCUAAUUCAGACGACGAAAAAAUCACAAGACUUCUGAAAAAGCACAAGGCUACAAACCUUUCCUUGAUCAGUCCAUGCAGCAAUAGCUCGGACACCUUGUGAUGACAGUGACAACUUGUCGUGAAGAGACAAACACUCCAUGGUGCUUCUAAAGCGAAUUUAACCAGGGUAUAAAUUGUUCAAAUGGAAAGAAAGGGCGCUGAUGGGUGGUGUGAAUGAUUUAUGUUGUACAAACGAAAAUGUAAGUGAGAUGUAUAUAUUUUUUACUGAGUAAGUUAUGUUAUUAAACCAAUGUAAACAAGACAUGGCAGCCUUUCCCGCAAAUCCCGAUAAGCAUAUACCCUCGCAAUAUUAUAGCUUCCUUUUGUUAUAUUAUUGCCGAAUAAUGUUACCCAUCUCUCCACCUUUUACCAUUCUAAAUUCAAUACAGGUACACAAUGUAUAAAUGCAAAUGUUGUAAAUUAUAAUGUAAAAAGCUUGUUUUAACGAUUUCAACUCAGUUCUAUAAUUUGAAGGAAUUUGUUUUACCUCAUCAAACAAAGCUAGAGAACUGGACCCUCGUGUAUGUUGGAAUAAGAGAGUAUUAUUACUUCUGCGAAGAUGGAAGAAAAAAAACGUAUUAUGAAUAAAUUAUUUAACAAGCUUUUGUUUUUAAAAUGGAAUUUUGUUUUUGAACAGUUUUCAUCUUCACUGAAAUUACUCUUCAUUGAAUAACCACAUAUUUUGACAUUGAUCGGGACCCACUCAAAUACUGAGAAAGAUGGGUCUAAUAAAUUAUAAUGAACGGAAA